AUGGAAGAAGAUGAGUACACCUCUUCAUAUCGUGCUCCAGUUAUGCCCAUUACUCCAUUAAAGACUCUGAAGAAAUCUCGAAAGUGUAACUGUGGAGCGUUGAAUUCUACUUCCAAAGACAAGCGGAACAAGAAGUGCACUUGUGAUGCGAGUUCAGAUGCUUCAGAGUCACCUCGUCGGCCAACCGCUCGGAAAAAGCGCUCCAAAGGCCUAUUUGAAUGUGACAUGUGUGAUCGCAGCUUCGUGCAACUUGCUCUCUUGGAAGUCCACAAGAAACAACAUCAAGAAUCAAAGUCCAGCUUGUCAGCACAUCUACGUGCAAAGCCAUUAGGUCAGCCUGUAGUUCAACAAGGGGAUUUGACGUGUGAUGGGUGCAAACUUGCUUUCAUAUCCUUUUGUGGUAAACUGAAGCACUGUCAAGUACUCCAUCCUGAAAGCGUAGUGCUUGCAGAAAACGGACAAGCAAAAUCCAUCAUAAAUGUUUUUAGCCAGGACACCACAAAAACUGCAUUAAAAACUCCAGUAUCUCCUUCAAAAACAACCAAAACUCUCUUAAAAUCUGUAUCUCAAGAGCCAGAAGAAAAAAAGAAUGAUGCUUUUGAUCGCCAUAUUUCAAGAGAUGAACAGUCGCUUCGAGAUGUAGAGAUAUUGUUUUCAGUAGAUGUGGAAAAUCUUCUGAACAAUCCAGAUGACGACUUGCCUGAAGAUGCAAACAAGAACCUGGAUGAGGAUUUUGAUCCUUUUGGAUCUGUUGUUCUAUACUCCGGAGAUGAAAAUGAUUGUGGAGAUGGAUUGGACUAUGAGGCUGAUGCAUACGCAGCUUGCAACUUCCUAGAGAACCCAGAUUCACUUCAUGAAAUUGAGGAAGCAGAAGCUGAAGAUCGUGCAUCAAGUAAGUGA